AUGCAAACUUUACUAUUUCUAUUUCUAACACUCUGUUUUCUAUACAAAAUCCGGUGUCCACAAAAUAUUCCCGCGCCAACACCAUGUCCGUUUUCUGUUGCUGGUAGAGAAGUUGUCCCCAAAACACAACCGUGUCCUUUCACGUUGGCGAGGAUGGCGAGAGAGCAAGAGGAGGCGAGACAGAGACAGACGGCGAGAAAUUAUGUGAUUGCUUAUAGUGAUGAUCGUGAGUUAAAAAAUACAACGAUGAUCCGCUUUUUCAUGUGUAAUCUUGGAGUGUCGACAUAGUUGAUGUCAGAAAACUCUAAUAAAUAAACUUCUGCAAAAUUUUGAAAAUGUUGUUUUCAGAGCCAGCUUCUAAUAACACCGGAGCAGAUGUUAGUUCUUCUAACACAAAUGGUACAAAUACUGGAGGUGAUCAAGGAAAUCAGAAUACAGAUGAAAAGAAAAACAAAAAUGGAAAAGAUGGCGAUAGUGAUGAAAAGGAAAAGAAAAAGAACAAGAAAAAAGAUAAGAAAAAGAAAAAGAAAGGAUCUGGCUCGGGUUCGAAUGAGAAAAGUGGAAGUUCAAGUAGUAGUGGAAGUCAUUCACAUGAGAAUUUUUGGAGAAUUUUGAAUAUUUAUCGAAAUAAAGGAAGUUCUUCAAGUUCGAGCAGCAGUUCUUCAUCUUCUUCUUCAUCUUCAGAAGAAGAAAAAAGACAUGAAAAAGAUGCAAUUAUUUAUGCAAUUAGGAAAUUGUUAAGAGAUAGGUAUUUUAUGAAGAAAUAAAGAGAUUUUGUUUUGAGGUUGUAGAAAAUUAGAGAGAAAACCGGGGUACGAUUAUACUCAUUUGAAAGCUUAUGAUCAACCAAGAAAGAAUAUAAUAUUCAAAAGACAUUAGAUACUCAGCUAACAAGCAAGUAAGCAGUCAAAUAAAUAUUGUUCUAUAGUAAUAUCCCUGGUAAAACUCCGUAUUCAAAUAGCCGCGGUGCACACAAAACGCGCCAACGUCAAAGCACUGACGUGUUUGUGUUGCGCAUUUCUGGUUUUGCUUUGUUUUUCAAGGUUUCAAACCGAGUUGAGCUUUUCCUUGUUUUUCUAGGGUUUUAGUAGGUUUUGUGUCUCGGGACGGUCCUAAACCGUCCCCCUUCUUGUCAUAAAAUGAUUUGCGAUCAAUAAAUGCUUGCAUUUCAACCUUUUCGUGUAUUUAUCGUUUGUGUAAGUGGUUGUGAUCCACUUCAAUCUUUGUUGCUGGAAAGGAGUUCAAGGGAACCAAACCUUGAACUGCCUACUUGGGGGCCGAACUAAAACCGAUCGAGGAACCAGAUGGACUUGGCGAAUCGAGAGGAAAUAUGGAUUGUUGGAUUUUCGUCGCAACUCAGAGGAAUCUUUGAGUGAAUGAAGAUUUAUUUGAUUUUAUUGAUCGAUAUGCUGCUUAUUCGUGUAUUUUGUUCGUGCUGGGGGGUCGACGCGACAUUUGUCGGAAUCCGGCAAACGUAACUGUCUGAAUCAGAUAGUUUAUGUCGUCGUUGACCUAAAAUCGUCAAUUUAUUCGUAUUUUUGCAGUCCGACAACUCCAUAUCAACAAAACUGGCAAUAUUGAGACAUCCGAUUGAAAUAUUAUGGAUUGGAAUGACAAUGGAUGGGGUUUUGCGAGAUGAAAAUCGAAAAAAUCGAGAAUUCGAUAUCAGGAGUUUGUGGAAGAUGGAGAAUCGGAAGAAAUGUAGCCUGGAAGUGGAGCAGAAGGGUGAUUGGUGGAAUCGGGAGGAUUUGAAAGCCAAAAGAAGCUCGAAAACCUGUUCGCAUGGAGGAUAUGUUGUCUGAAGAUUGUUGGAAGCAAAUGGUAUGAUUUUUGAAUGGAAGAUUCAAGAAAACUCAAGGUUGUGGAAUUUCAGGAAAAAGAGUCAGAAUUUGGAAGAGGAGGAAGCUACUCGAAGGGUCGAGGGAUAGGUGCGAAGAAAAAGGGUAGGAAAUCCUGCACCGAAGUCCGAAAAUAG